GCUGAGUCACAGACAGGGGGUGCAGCCGCUGUAUCCCAUGAGCCUUUAGGGGAAACAUGGAGGAGCUCGAGCACACCUGCCCCCAGCUGGUCACGAUGCUGACAGAGCCUGCUAUCUUUGCCAAGGACACCAGCUGUGAGUGCCGCGCCCCUCAUGAGAAACUCUCCAUCGCUCAGGCCCGCAGAGGCACCCCAAUGGACCGUCCAGUGCGUGUAUAUGCAGAUGGAAUAUUUGAUCUGUUCCACUCCGGCCAUGCCAGAGCCCUGAUGCAGGCCAAGAACCUCUUCCCCAAUGCAUACCUCAUAGUGGGAGUGUGCAGUGAUGAACUGACCCACAAGUACAAGGGUUUCACGGUGAUGACGGAGGAUGAGAGGUAUGAGGCUCUGAGACACUGUCGCUAUGUCGACGAGGUGGUCCGAGACGCACCAUGGACGCUCACACAGGACUUCCUGGAGAAACACCAGAUCGAUUUUGUGGCUCAUGACGAUAUCCCAUACUCCUCAGCAGGAACUGAGGACGUCUACAAACACAUCAAGGAGGCAGGCAUGUUCGUGCCGACCCAGCGGACAGAGGGUAUCUCGACCUCUGACCUGAUCACUCGUAUCGUACGAGACUACGACCUCUACGCUAGACGCAACCUACAGCGGGGCUACACCGCUAAAGAGCUCAAUGUCAGCUUCAUCAACGAGAAGAAGUACCGCCUUCAGAACCAGGUGGACCGUAUGAAGGAGAAGGUGAAGACGGUGGAGGAAAAGAGUAAACACUUUGUCUACCGCGUGGAGGAGAAGAGCCAUGACCUCAUACAGAAGUGGGAAGAGAAAUCACGGGAGUUCAUUGGUAACUUCCUGGAACUUUUCGGCCCAGAUGGAACAUGGAAACAGGUGUUUAAUGAGCGUAGUGGUCGGAUGAUCUCCUACGCCAUGUCACCUCGCGGGUCACCUAGCAACAGUCCACCCAGGCAACUGUCUCCAUCUCGUUCCCCAUCUCCUCCCUCUCGCUGGUCUCAGCCCAGGCUAGCCUCCCCCUCCUCACCCAAAGAGGCCUCAGCCUCCUACAGUAGCAUGAGUGAAGAAGAUGAGAACGAAAAGUAG